CAAACGUUGCUUUACUUGGAAUGGGCUCAAGCCCCAGUCAGCAUUAAUGUCUUCCGCAACGCAGGACCUCAUUCCACAACUUUACCUCGGGAACACAUUUGGAGCACUGUUUAUUGGGGUCGUCUUUGCAGCAAUUCUCUUUGGUCUAAGUAACAUUCAAGCUUUUUUCUACUUUCAGACGCACAGGGACACAGGGAUGUCGUUCCCUAAGCUAACUGUCGCCUGGCUUUGGAUACUCGAUGCUCUACACCUGUUCUUGAUAGUGCACUGUGUCUAUUAUUACUUAGUGGCCCACUACGCGGAUAUGAGUGCACUCACAGAAAUUGUGUGGAGUUUCAAACUUCAAAUAGUCAUCGUUGUUAUAAUUGUCUACGGGGUACAUCUUCUGUACUUUCAUCGCAUAUGGAUAGUCGGAACGGGCCGAUCAAGAGUUCUUCCUAUAGCAGUGGGCGUUAUCGUAACUUUGGGUUCAGGUGUUGCCAUCGCCCUUAUUUGGGCCAUCUAUCAGUGCCAUGUGUUCUCAGAUCUGACUAACAUCGAGUGGGCGACAUUUCUGGCCCUGGGCACGAUUACCUUUGUCGAUUUCAUUAUCGCAUCAUCGCUAUGCUAUCUUCUCGCUACUUCCCGGACUGGAUUCUCUAGCACCGAUUCCAUGAUAACAAAGCUCAUGGCUUACAUUAUCAACACGGGCUGUCUGACGAGCAUGUGUUCACUGACAGUUAUGAUUACAUGCGCAGUGAUGCCGCACAAUUUCAUUUUCCUCGGCGUUGAUUUUUUGGUGGCUGGAUUAUACGUCAACUCAUUCUUCGCACUCCUGAACGCGCGACACUACUUCCAGCCCGCCACAGAAACUAACCAUUUCUCUGAAGUCCACAUGCGCCAUGACAUCUACCACCCAGAGCUGAACGUUAUGGCGUCCCAAGAGGAGGAAUUACAGGGAUCCUGGAAAAAUAUAUUUAAACAUCUUGGCCGAUCUGCCAUGCCACAUCGGCCCAUUGAGGUGACGGUGGAGACGAAUUCAUUCUCAUCAGUGUGA